UUUCUGUGUAACCACUACACAGAAACAAAACUUCAUUCAACAAAACGCUCAAAAAAACGAACAACAAACCUUCAUACAACCAGAAAACCCAAUCUCCACUGAAAAAACAAAACACAAAUCUUCCGUUCAAUCGUACAAAAAACCCUCUCAGAGAUUCCUUUCCCAUUCGAUUUCUAGGGUUUCACUUCCCCUGAAAAUAUUUCACCUUUUACCAUCAAUUUCAGCUACAACUGAAACCACAAUGCUCUUUUUCUUCUCAAUUAGAGUGAAUCCAAAAACCCAAUUAGACAUAGAAGACAAUCAGAAAAUACCCAUUUUCUAGUUUUCUACAUAGCGAAAAAAGUUUUCCUUUUUUCACCUUUAUUUUUUUGGCACUGCUUAGUGAUAUUUUAUUUUAUUUUUAUAUAUAUUUGUAUUGCUUUGUUGUCAUGCGAUUGUCACCGGAAGGAAAGGGCAACGGUGGAUCGGGUUCGCGGGUUCGGAAGAAACAAAAGAAGUUAGAUGCAAUAUGCGAGGAAGAGUAUAAUAGAAACCAUGGUGAGUUAAAUGAGGGUGAUGGUUUGAACCCUGAACCAGGGGUUCGCCGAAGCUCGAGGGUUCGGCGUGCCCCGGUUUUACUUGAUGUGUCGCCUUCUCCCAAGAGGAAACGGCAGAAGUUAGGGGAGGAUGUAGUAGGGAAGAGUGUGGAAGGUGAUAAGAAUUUAGAGAGAGAAAUUGGGGGUUCUAGUGGUGGGAAUUGGAGUUUGAGGUCGAGAUCGAAGGGUAAGAAUCUACAACUGAAACCACAAUGCUCUUUUUCUUCUCAAUUAGAGUGA